CCGCAAGACAUAUAACGUGACGUAACUGCGUCAGAACGUGCUCCGAGCGCAUGCGCGGAUCUUCCACCAUCGACUGCAGUCACUCUGGAUAGAGCGGCCGUUGCUAUAGAGAUGAGAAUACCGGCUAACUCUGCCGCACUGUAGAGACUGGGAAAAGAGCGGUCGCUGUUUCCAUAGAGACCGUAAGGUUGUAGAAGUUGGCUACCUGUGACGUUGUGCUGGGGAAUUCGGCUGGGGCAAGGAUGAGUAGCCCGCCCCAGGGCUCUUCCCUGGCCUCCCCUGUCCAUGCAGCUGCUGUAACAGGGGACAAGGCCUCUCUGCUGCGCCUCAUCGUCUCCAACCUGGAUCUUAUUGACCAGGAGGACCAACUUGGGAGGACUCCUCUGAUGUACAGCGUGCUGGGUGACCGCCGGGCCUGUGCUGAAGCACUUAUCCGUUAUGGAGCCCAGGUGAACCGCUCCGACAGGAGCGGGAGGACUGCGGUACACCUGGCGGCUCAGACCGGCAACCAUCGCCUGCUGAAGCUUCUCCUGUCUCGUAGGGCUGACUGCACCCACCGAGAUUUACGGGACAUCACGGCACUGCACCUCUCCACCCGUCACCAAGACACCCGCUGCCUGGCCCUUCUUCUGAAGCACACUCCGCCCGGUCAGGUUGAUGCCCAGGAUCAAAGGAAGCAAACGGCGCUGCACUGGAGCGCCUAUUACAACCGUCCGCGCCACGUCAGGUUGUUAGUGAGGCACGGAUCGAAUAUCGGCAUCCCCGACCAAGAGGGGAAGAUACCACUGCACUGGGCAGCUGGACAUAAGGACCCGGAAGCAGCCCUAACAGUGCGUUGCUUGCUGGAGGCCGCCCCAACGGAGUCUUUACUCAAUUGGCAAGACUACGAAGGACGCACGCCUCUCCAUCUUGCCGUCGGCGAUGGUAAUCAGGAAGUGGUUCGGCUUCUGACCUCGUACCGGGGGUGCAACGUGGCACCUUAUGACAAUCUCUUCCGUACCCCUCUCCACUGGGCGGCGCUAUUGGGUCACACUCCUAUUGCCAAUCUCCUUCUGGAAAGAAACCGUUCUCCCAACAUCCCUUCCGACAGUCAAGGUGCAACGCCCCUGCAUUACGCUGCCCAGGGAAAUUGCCCUGAUACAGUACGGGUGUUGCUCACUCACCUGUCCGUGAGAGAUGAAGCCGAUUUAGAGGGUCGGACCGCAUUUAUGUGGGCCGCCGGGAAAGGAAGUGACGAGGCGCUAAAAGUCAUGUUGGAGCUAGAUCCAGAACUUGAGAUCAACAGAACGGAUAAAUACGGUGGAACCGCCCUUCACGCCGCCUCCUUGUCCGGGCAGAUAAGUACUGUACGCGUUCUCUUAGACCACAGUGCCCAAGUCGAUGCGGCAGAUGUCAUGAAGCACACGCCGCUCUUCAGAGCUUGUGAGAUGGGACACCGAGAGGUCAUCGCUACUUUAAUUAAAGGUGGUGCCAAAGUUCACCUGGUGGACAAGGAUGGACGUUCUCCGCUGCACUGGGCAGCGUUAGGAGGCAAUGCCAACGUAUGCCAGAUACUUAUAGAAAAUAAUAUUAACCCCAAUGCCCAGGACUACGAAGAUAGGACUCCAUUGCACUGUGCAGCCUACGGAGGUUAUAUUGGCUGCAUGGAGGUGUUAAUGGAAAAUAAGGCCGAUCCCAACAUCCAGGAUAAGAACGGGCGCACGGCUUUGCACUGGUCCUGCAAUAACGGCUACUUAGAUGCGAUCAAGCUACUCCUGCACUAUAACGCCUUCCCUAACCAGAUGGAAAGCACUGAAGAAAGGUACACUCCUCUGGAUUAUGCUUUGCUCGGUGGGCAUCAGGAGGUUAUACAGUUCAUGCUCGAGCAUGGCGCCCUGUCCAUUGCUGCAAUACAAUAUAUCGCUGCCUCCAAAAUUCAAGCAGUCUACAGAGGACACAUAAUGCGGAGGACUUUUCGACAUAAAAAGAACCUCUUAAUGAAACAUGAACAGCUGAGAAAAGAUGCUGCUGCCAAAAAGAGAGAAGGCGAAAAUAGAAGGAAAGGAAGAGCUGGUCAACAGGCUAAAGAAGGUCAGAAAGAAGAGAAACCAGUUAAACCCUCAGAGGUCUUGAGGGACCAGAAGGAAGACAGAGGUAACGAGGAACAAUAUAAGGAAACAAAAGAAUCAAGACUGAAAGAGAUUAGCAGUAAGACAAAGGUUAACGAGCACCAUAAUCAAGUCUACGAAGCUGCCCAAGAUAGCAACACAUCUCCAAGGCUUCGAGAGGUUGGCGUGCUACCAAGCCGAACUAGUCCCAGAAGAGCUUGUAAUUCUCAAAGCCCUUCAUCUCCACCUCUACGUUCUGAGGAGCAGUAUCAUGACGAGGACUCAACUGGGGCACAAGAUGACAGUAGGAAAUGUAGCCGACCUAAAAGAGAAGGCAGCAGUGUCACUGCAUCUGAAAAAGUAUGCCAUGGCCACAAAGAGGUUUGUAGGAAGUCAACCCAGGAGAUCAGAGAAGGCUCUAGUUCUUCUCUAAGGUUAGAACAUAGUAAUAAAGGUGGCGGAAUCAGACUUAUUGUGCAGGAAAAAGAAGCUCCUGAAGAUAUUUAUAAAGAGGAGGCCGUAAGAAAGCAAAUAAAAAGCACCAGAACACAUAGAAGUAAAAGAGAGGACCUAGAUAUAGUUACCCAGAAGCUGGGAGCUUGUAACAUCACAGAAUCAAGAUCGAGUAGAAGAAAGAGGGAAUCUACCAACCGAAUAGCCACGGUGGAAAAUGCAGAACCUUCUGUCCAAAGUAGAGAAAUGUCAGAGAAGCAAAAAUAUAAAGAAAGAAGUCUAUCUGCUAGACCUACACAAAGACCUGCCACUGGAAAACUGUCCAGGUGCGAGGACAAAAAGUCUUCAGGAAAAGUACAUCGUAGUUCUUCUGGUUCGCACUCAAGGAGGAUCAAACAUGGAGAACUAGAAGGAAAAGUAGUAACCCGCACCCCAUCAAGUGACAUUAGCUUCAUGAGGUCACUGACUAUUCCAAUACCUAGAGACUAUUCAAAGCUUGGUCAAAGCACUGCUGACUGGCAGCAGCUAGACAUUGAGCUGAUUCCAUUAGAAGAAAGACUGCAACUGGUGGAAAGGGAGAAGGCGAGGAAGCAGCUCUUCCAGCGCAAAAAACAAGCUGCUAUGGUUAUUCAGAGGGCCUGGCGAAAGCACAGAAGCAAGAAAAAGAGCAAGACUAUAAAAUCUUCCCAUGUCCACCUAGUAUGAAUCAUGUUCUCCAAUAAACUAGAAGGCAAAGACUGUAGAUGUUCCUUGUACUUGAACACUGAACUACUCCUCUUUAUGGAGAUCAGGGCUGAAUGAAUAUUGAGUUUUUCAUGAACUUCUUAUCCCCAAUCUGAAAGUGCCAUGCAGGGGGUGCAACCAGUGCUUGCCAUCUGGUAGAUACUCGUUGACCAAGAAGAUUUUAUAGAGUUUUAUUGGUGCAGGUGAACAUGGAAGUAGGAGGAUGACCAUGCAAGACAUCAGUGUUGUCUAAAUACAACUCAGUUGUUGAGAAU